AUGAGCUACUAUGGCAGCUACUAUGGGGGCCUGGGCUAUGGCUAUGGCUCUGGUUAUGGCUGUGGAUGUGGCAGCUUCCAUGGCCUAGGCUAUGGCUGUAGUGGCUAUGGCUAUGGAGGCCUGGGAUAUGGUGGCUAUGGCUGCUACUGCCCAUCCUGCUAUAGAAGCUACUAUGGAGGUCUGGGCUAUGGCUAUGGCUCUGGGUAUGGCUGUGGAUGUGGACGUUUCUAUGGCCUAGGCUAUGGCUAUGGGGGCUGUGGCUAUGGCUAUGGAGGCCUGGGCUAUGGUGGCUGUGGCUAUCGUGGCUAUGGCUAUGGCUGCUGCCGCCCAUCUUGCUAUGGAAGAUAUUAUUCCUGUGGAUUCUACUGA